UGAGUCGGGUUUGUAUAUAUUAGCCUGUAUCUUGUAUAUUUGGAAUAUCCUAUCUUUUAGGAAUAUAUCCUUUUAGGAGUUUAGGUUUCCUUGUAUUAUACGUAUAUAUACUUGUGUGAUCAUCAAUACAAGGUUAAGCCGUUUUCUCCAAUAUUUCUCUGAGUUUAACAUGGUAUCACAGCCUCUCUAAACUAGAGAUUAUUUUCGAUCCUGUUCUUGAAUUUCGUUUCUCUUUGUUUCUUCCGCACAAACGAGAUUACAGCUUCACAAAAUUUUUUUUUCUUUCCGGUUUUGUUUACACGCAAUCUUGCGUCGGGUUUGGUUUUGUUUCCACGCAAUCUUGCGUCGGGUUUGGUUUUUUUUUGCCGGCGAUCCUUGUCGUUCCACGGUGGUUCCGGUGUCGUGCUGCUGCUCCGUGCCCCUGGUCUUUGUUUGUUUGCCGUCUCGUUGGUGUUGUGGAGCGUGAGUUGGUGUGCCCUAGCCUUCUUUCGCUUGUUGUUUUUUUUUUCCUGCCAUAUUUUCUUUGAGGUGUGAUGGGUGACGCAACUCCAUCCAAGGGGGACGCUACUCCCUCCAAGUAUGAGCCUUUCACAGAUUAUUAUCUUCAUCCUAGUGAGGGUUCCCAGUUAGUUAUUUGCCCCGUCUUGCUUACCGUGGACAAUUAUGAAGAGUGGUCCCGAUCCAUUCGCAAUAACCUGCGCUCCAAGAGCAAGCUCGGCUUCGUGGACGGUACUAUCUCUAAGCCUGCUGCCACAUCUCCGGAUUAUCGUCAGUGGGGUAUUGUUAACUUCUACUCUUGUUGCUUGGAUUUUUAAUACAAUUGAUUCUAGUAUUCGUUCCACUAUCAUUAUUCCUGAUGAUGCAAAAAUAUUGUGGGAUGACUUGCGGGAUCGUUAUUCUCUUGGUAACGGUCCCCGCAUUCUUGAGAUUAAGAAUGCUAUUGCUGAUUGUAAACAACGCGGUCGUUCUGUUGCAAUUUAUUAUGGUGAAUUAAAUAAACUGCAAAAUCUGUUGUCUAGUUACUUGAAAUUGCCUGCUUGUACUUGCUCCGCUGCUGCUGAAUAUGCUAGAAUGCAUGAAACUGCGAUGUUGCAUCAGUUUUGUAUUGGUUUGGAUUCCCAGAAGUUUGGGUCUGUUGUGUCUACGUUGUUGAUGAGUGAUCCUUUGCCUACUAUGAAUGCUGCUUAUGCUAAAAUUAUUGCUGAUGAGCGUAAGCAGUCUGUGUCUGCGGCUCAGGAGGCCACUUCUGCUACUUCUGUUGGUUUCAGUGCUACUGGUUCUGCUUCUGGUCGGUCUUCGGAUCGCCUGGAAUGUAGUCACUGUAAACGGGUUGGUCAUGAUAAAGACCAUUGUUAUUCGCUUCAUGGUUUUCCUGAUGGGGGUCGUGGUGGCCGUAGUGGCCGUGGUGGUCGAGGCGGUCGUGGCGGCCGGUCGACUGGUAAAGGCAGGGGUGAUUUUGCUGGUUCAGUUGGUAGUACUGCUCGUGGCGCCAAUGAGCAAGUUUCUGAUUCUGAUCGUGGGAGUGUUCCUACGCUUUCUGAUACUCAAUGGAAGGAGCUACUGGCUGCCUUAAAGGGUUCCAAGUCUGGUUCUGCUUCGGAUAACACUAAACUUGGACCGCAAUUUGAGGAACCUGAUUGGAGCGGGGAGCAGUGUGAUGGGGUCUAUAUUUUUCGUCCUGUUCGUGCUCGGAAUCUGCAGGCGCAUAGAGUAGUUGUUUCAGAUGCUAGUUUGUUGUGGCAUCGGCGGCUCGGGCAUCCGUCAAUGCAAGUUGUUUGUUCUCUUCCGGGUGUUACUAGUAGUCAUCAUAGUACUUCUGGUUCAAGUUGUUUGUUUGAUUGUGACAUUUGUUUUAUGGGGAAGCAACCCCGAAACUCUUUUCCAUUAAGUUCCAAUAAAGCAUCUGAUAUUUUUGACUUAAUACAUUGUGAUAUUUGGGGUCCGAAUAAAAUUGCGUCUAGUUGUGAUGCACGUUAUUUUUUAACCAUUGUUGAUGAUUUUUCUCGUGCUACCUGGGUUUUCUUGAUGGUUGGUAAAUAUGACACUGCUCCAUUGAUUCGUGAGUUUUGUGCUAUGGUUGAGACGCAAUUUCACCGCACAGUUAAAGUGGUGCGCAGUGAUAAUGGACAAGAGUUUCUCGGUUUGGGCUCAUUUUUUGCUGCUAAGGGUGUUUUACAUCAGACGUCGUGUGUUGACACGGCACAACAAAAUGGCAGGGUGGAGCGUAAACAUCGUCAUAUUUUGAAUGUGGCUCGCGCCCUACGGUUUCAAGCCAAGCUUCCUAAGUAUUUUUGGGGUGAGUGUGUUCUUUCUGCUGUUUAUUUGAUUAAUAAAACCCCUACACCUCUUCUUCAUGGCAAAACUCCGUAUGAGUGUUUAUUUGGUCAAGCUCCAUCGUAUGCUAAUAUCCGUAUCUUUGGAUGUCUCUGUUAUGCUGCAAAUCGUCCUCGUGUAAAGGACAAAUUUGAUUCCCGUUCUCGAAAGUGUAUCUUUGUUGGUUAUCCCAAUGGAAAAAAAGGGUGGCGUUUAUUUGACUUGGAGACGAAUGAAUUUUUUGUAAGUAGGGAUGUUCAAUUUUUCGAAGACAAAUUCCCAUAUCUUAACUCGCUUCCGGAUGAGAAACGAGCUCUUUGGGAAGCUUAUUUUGCUUCUCCACCGGUUUGGGAGGAUGCUAAUGAUGAUGAUACGCCACCCACCGCC